AUGGGUUCGUGGAAUUCGGUUUCGAUGGAGGUUUUGUACCAAGUACUUGGAUGGAUUGCCUUCUUCUCGUGGUCCUUUAGCUUCUAUCCUCAAGCUAUCCUCAAUUAUAGGAGAAAAAGUGUUGUAGGGCUGAAUUUUGACUUCUUGGUGCUGAAUGUGACGAAACAUUCAUCUUAUCUUAUAUACAAUGCAUCACUAUUCUUUAGUCCUGUUAUUCAGAGGCAGUACCGAGAAAAGUAUGGAUCUGAUGAGAUGAUUCCUGUAGGUGCAAAUGAUGUUGCUUUCUCAAUACAUGCUGUUAUAUUAACAUUUUUUGGGCUGUUUCAAGUCCUGAUCUACGAUCGUGGAACUCAAAAGGUUUCAAAGACAUGCACUGCAAUUUCUUCAGUGGUAUGGGCUACUGCUCUAGUUUGUAUAAUCACCUCUUGGCCAAAUCAGUCUUGGCUCUGGCUUAUCUCAGUGUUUAACACAAUACAAGUAAUCAUGACUACUAUCAAGUAUAUUCCUCAGGCUUUUAUGAACUUUAAGCGAAAGAGCACUAUUGGCUGGAGCAUUGGAAAUAUCAUACUUGAUCUAGGGGGAGGAGUGAUGAACUUUGCUCAAAUGGGCGUCCAGGCCAUAGACCAAGGUACAUUGGUGAACUUCUAUGGCAAUAUCGGAAAGACUCUACUUUCCUUGGAGGUAAUAUUUUUCGAUCUUAUCUUUAUAUUCCAACACUUUGUGUUCUAUCCCGCAAAGAAAGAAGGAACUGGUCGGACGAUUAUACAAGAACGUACCCCUCUUGUAGCACCUGCAGAUAAAUCUAGAGAAGAUAAUGUUUAAGAGUGUGUCGUAAUUGUUAUGUGAAAAAAGGAAAAUUUGAGCAUCAUGCAGUUAUUAUGCUUAAAUUCUUGUAUGACUUCAGAUUAUGGUAAAGAGUAAAAAGAUCAUGGCAUAAAAGAAAUAAUUCCAAUUGUUGUCUUAUUUUGACAUUGCAUAAAGAGGAGAUGUGAAUUUGUUCUCUCCGUGUAAUAUUCUAGUCAAGCUAAGCAUGCAAACAUAUUUGACAAUGAGUUUGAUAUUUAUGCUUUCUGAAUGUUCCUAAA